AUGAAUGACAGCGACGAUGAGACGUUCCUGAAGAGCAACGACCAGCAGCGCCUGAACAUCACCACCUCCCUGGUGCAGGUGCUGAUCUGGCCCUUCAUCACCAUCAACCUCUUCAUGUACUUCGUCUUCUGCCGCAAGCGCACCCUGCGCGCCGAGCCGCGCUACCUGCUCUUCGCCCAGACGCUGCUGGCCGACUCGGCGCUGUUCGUCAUGACAGACUUUGCGGUGAUCACCAUCAACCGCCACCAGCUGCUUCCCAUCGGGUUCUGCGUCCCGUUCCUCAUCGUCAUGUACAGCUUCAACCAGGUCUCGCCCACCAUCAUCACGGCCAUGUGUCUGGAGCGCUACGUGGCCAUCUGCAUGCCCCUGAGGCACGUCAACAUCUUCUCCCCUACUCGGACCUCCAUAGUCAUUGCCUCCGUGUGGUUCCUCAGCUUUAUAAAGCCUUUCAUAGACUUUCUCCUCAUGCUGUCUGUCGUUUCCCAGAGUUACUUCCAUAGACUCAACUUUUGUUAUUACGAGAUCAUGCUCGUGGCCAAGUGGCAUAUGAUGCUGAGGGGCAACUUGAAUAUUAUGAACUAUCUGGCUAUUUUGGUCGUCCUGCUCUUCUGCUACGGCUCCAUCUUUCGCGUGGCCAGGCGGGCGUCUGGCAAAGACAAGAAAGCGGCCGCGAAAGGCCAGCGGACUUUACUUCUCCACCUGCUGCAGCUGUUCCUCUGCACCUUGGAGAUCAUCUGCCCCUACGUGGAGGCCAGGGUGAUGGAGGUGGACGUGCAGGUGUACCUCAUUCUGCGCUACUUUAACUUUUUGGCCUUUACCAUUCUGUCGCGGGCGAUCAUUCCCCUCAUCUAUGGUUUUAGAGAUGAGAAGUUUUAUGAUGCCAUGAGGAGUUAUGCCAAGGUGUUCAGUGCAGAGUUCAACCAAAUGUUUGUGUCCUAA